CGCCACCGUGGACCCGAAGCUUCUCGAGGAAGGCGGUUAGUUAUGUUGGAGCUGCGGCUGCCCCAGGGAGGGCUCCUGAAGAAGGUUCUCGAGGCGAUGCGGGAGCUGGUCACCGACGCUAACUUCGACUGCUCCCGCUCCGGCAUCUCCCUCCAGGCCAUGGAUUCCACCCACGUCGCCCUCGUCGCCCUCCUCCUCGGCGCCGACUCCUUCGACCAUUUCCGCUGCGACCGCAGCCGAUCCAUCGGCAUGAACCUCAACUGCCUCGCCAAGAUCCUCCGAUGCGCCGCCAACGACGACGUCCUCACCCUCAAGGCCGACGACGACUCCGAUACUGUCGUUUUCAUCUUCGAGAACCCCAAACAGAAUAAAAUUACAGACUUUGAAAUGAAGUUGAUGGACAUCCAGAGUGAGCACUUAGGUAUUCCUGAAGCACAAUAUCAAGCUAUUAUAAAGAUGUCAUCACAGGAGUUUGCACGAAUAUGCAAAGAUCUGAGUUCCAUUGGUGACACUGUUGUAAUUUCUGUAACUAAGGAAGGAGUGAAAUUCUCUACUACAGGCGACAUUGGGAGUGCAAAUAUUGUUUGCCGUCAGAACACUACUGUAGAUAAACCAGAGGAAUCCAUGAUAAUUGAAAUGAAUGAUCCAGUUUCAUUGGCAUUUGCUCUUCGUUAUCUGAAUUCCUUUACCAAAGCAACACCUUUGUCGAACAGUGUUAAAAUCUGCAUGUCUUCGGAUCUUCCGGUGGUGGUUGAGUAUAAGAUUGCAGACAUGGGGUAUAUCAGAUACUACUUGGCUCCAAAGAUAGAAGAUGAUGAUCAGACCUGACCAUUUUUUGAAAAAAAAUCCUGUUUUGUGUUUUUUUUUAAAAAAAAAAAUUAGCAUGUAUAGUUUUGGUUGGACUCAAGAUUAAUAAAGCUUGUGUGAGUCUCUA